GAUAUAUAAUGAAAUUUAGCUGUGGCCUUUGAACUUAAAGCAGCAUGAAGAAAAUGUGUCCUCCUCUACUCUUUGUGGCAUUCACUGGAUCUCAGUUUCCUGUGCUUUUGGGAAGAUACUACCCACUUAAUUCUUGUUCUCGUGUUUUUCUUCUUUACUGGAUCUGUCACAAGGUUAGUCAAUCAAUGACUAACAGGCCCAUGAGAAAUUCUUGUAUUUUGUGAAAGCGUUGUAUAAUAUGGUUCAGACAAGAACUAUUGAGAGAGGAUGCAAAAAGACAAAAACAUCCUGUGGGUCUGUGGGGAAAAAAAAAUACUAUAAAGAGAAGUUUGAAGGUGCUUUGGGACAGAGAGCACACUGCUGUUCGGAGUGAAUUGGAUUUCUGAAAGGUAAGGGACCUUGCUUUAUUGUGAGCCUUGAAGGAAUAAAAGUUACAAUCUGAAUUAACAGUCAUAACUGAUUGCCAAGACUGUAAAUGUUGCAAUCGUAUUAAAAUAUAAGUAAAUGAAAUCUCUGGGUUUAUUUUUGCAUAACAGCCAUAAUUCCAAGAAUUGGAGUGGGGUCCAUUGUGCCUUGUGCACCAUUAGGAACAGUUUUAAUUGUAGUUUGUGCAGACUCCCCACUGAAGGAGUGAGGGGGUGUGUGUCUUACAUAAAAACCCAACAAAUUUGAACUAGAAUCAAUUUUCCAUACUUAAAAGUAUAUACAGUGGCUGUAGUGCAAUUCUUAAAAGUAAUUUUUCAAAAUCUAAUAGAACUUGAAGACUUAAACCUUUGAAUUUAGGGAGAGUUUUGCAGCACUUCCUUUUUGCCUAGAGAUUUCAAAGCACUUAAAUAAUCUAACACACAUUUUGCUGUGAGAGAGGGUUCAGGUUGUGUGAUUUCUACAAACAGCAAGAAAGAGUUAAAAAUAACAGUCUGGAGAUUCAGGAUUUAGAAUCAUUUGGUAUAUGUUGUAAAUCUGUUAAGCUCUCUCCAUUAUUUGAGAAAACAGACCAAAGUUCUUUGGAGUUUGGGGGAGAACAGAAUUUGGCUAUUAUGAAUGUCAAAGAACUAAACUGUAGACAUUUUUGCUGCCGUAUGAACUAUCAUCUAGCAAAAUAUUACUUUUUUAUGGGUUUCUUAUCACUAAGUACUAGUAGCAAGAACAAAAAGCUAUUGCUUCCACAAGAACAGUUAAUUUGAGAAGCCAAGCAGAAAUGGUAACAUUAAUAAAGCCACUUUAUUGGAAAGAAGUAUUAACAGUAGAAGUUUGGCAAUAAAUGUCGCUGGCAAAUUCAUUUCAUUUUGCAAUGAUGAAAUUUCAGUUCUUUUUGAUGAAGGAUGAUGUAAUUUCUGCUAGUCACUACUUAUAAUAAAAAUAGUUUAUAAUAAAAAAUAAUACAAGGAAACAAAUUCUCCCUUCCAUUUCUCAUUUUCGCUUCCUGUCUUUCAUUUGGGAAUGUAUAUUCUGCUACCUCAGGUUCUGUCUAAUUUAAGGAGAAAUUUGAAAUAUGCUGGUAGUAUCCAGUCAUGGCUUUGGGAUGGAAGAACUGAGAUGGAUAAUAAUGAGGCAUAUCAGUUUACCUAGGCCAUUCUAGGUUUUCAAGCUAUUGCAUGAAACUCUUAGUUUGGGCCACAGACCUGCGUGACCCUGGGCGAAUCUCCUCACUUGCUUAUGCCUCUUCUUCCUUUCCACUGUCCUCUCUUCAAUUGUAAAGGCUUCAAGAUGGGGAUUUUUGCUGCUGUGCACAACAGCAAGGGCAAUGGGCAGCUAGAAUUAGCAGUGAUCUGUGUUUGGCCAGUAAUAUUUAAUAAUAUACCUGUUCAUACUGACUCAACAGCUUAUUUUAUAUUCUUUUAUCUCUUCGGCGUAAGCUGGAAUCAAGUGCUUAAAACCUGGAGAAAUCACAAUGUAAUAGAGUUGAUGACUGAAUGAUGUUUAAAAGAUGCAGGUAGUAUAAUUUGGUAGUCUUGUUUUUUCAGAAAAUGUCUGCCAAAGAGAACCCUACAGUGGAGAUGGAUGAUGGUAAAAUAUGUGAGCUGAAUCCUUCUCUAUUGCAAGCUCUUUUUUCUCAUCUAAACUUGGAUUUUCAAAAGUUAGCAAAAAAAAAAGAGGCAGAAUUCCAACAGCUCCGUGAUCAGCUGCAAGGCGGUUAUAACCCUACCAUAAGAAUUGAACGCAGUAGAUUAAAAUCUUUCUUGUCCUAUAACUCUUAUUCAUGGUCUCAGACAGAAAUGGCAGCUGCUGGGUUUUAUCACAUGGAUGUUGAAUCCAGUGUGCAGUGUUUCUGCUGCGGAUUAGUUUUAUUUGCCACGAAAGUUAGAUGUUCGCCAUAUGAACACAAGAGACUUCAUCCCAUGUGUGAAUUUGUUCUUGGCAAGGAGGUGGGUAAUAUUUCAAAGUAGGACAUACGUGUUGAGUAUCUGGAGAAGAAUCCGGCAGAGCAUAUAUACAGAUACGAGGAGGAAGCGAUCCUUCAGUCCGUUGACGGGUGUCUGUUGUAUGCCGGAGGAAAGCAGCCUGCUUUGCUUGCCAGAGUUGGAUUUUUCUCUGCAGGUGAGAAAGAUAUAGUGCAGUGUUUUGCUUGUGGUGGAUGUCUGGGAAAUUGGGAAGAUGGUGAUGAUCCCUGGAGAGAACAUGCUAAAUGGUUCCCUGAGUGUGAAUUCCUUCAAAGUAGGAAAUCUAGUGAGGAAAAUAUUCAAAGCUACUGUGGGUUCUUUGGGGUGGUGUCUGAUAGUAGACCAAAGCUUUCCCUCAUAUCAAAUAUCUGUGAUUGCAAAGGUGAUCCCAUCUUGAUUAUCUUUGAGGAUGGAGGAGUUCGACUGGAUUCUUUUAAAACUUGGCCAGCAAAAUCGUGUGUCAAAGCCACCACUCUUGCCAAAGCCGAGUUUUUCUAUAUAGGUUUGUACCAAGUUUAUUGGCUAUAUAAACACAGAACAAGUAGAAGAUCCACUGUGGAAUGCAGAUGGGACACAGAUGUGUCAUGUAUUCAUUGCAGGAGAAAGUCUCUACCAACAUUGUCUCUACCAAAUCUCUACCAAAGUCUCUACCAACAUUGUGUGGUUGUUGCUGUCUGUACUAACAGGACCAGGGAAAUCUGUAAGUGUGCAACAUUAAGUAUGGUGUUUCCACUGUCUGGCACUAUGUAUGCACUAAAGAAAUUGUUCUCAUACAAUAUCGUCCUUGUGGAGGAGCUUCUCUUUAGGCUGGAGACUGAAAAGUUUGUGCAGACCAUUCUAAAGACACCACUUUUUAUGGUGUCUCUUGCUGCAUAUUGGAUACAGCACCUAAAGGGAAACAUAUUCAGUGAUAAGGCUAUUUUUAAAGCUUACUUGCUCUUUGUCUUACUAAAAUACAGUGAAAAAAGAGAUCUGAUUUAUACAAGUGCGGCUGCUCUGCCCAGUCUUGUCUCUCUCAAAGUGCUGGAUCUUAACAGUCAAUUUUUUGAUGACAAGGAAGCUUCUGAAAUCUUUGCUUACAAUUGAGGUUUUCUUUUCAACCUGGAGGUGCUCAUCCUUCCCUCAGGAAAGGUAAGGUCUGCAGCCAAACUGAUUGUUCAGCAGUGUCUAUGUCUGCUGCAUCUCAGAUACUUCUCAUUUACCCUAUCUCUGGAUGAUGACAGCCUGUUGGAAAUAGCAAAGGUUGCAGCGAGCGGAGGUUUCCAGAAGCUUGAAGAGCUCUCAUCGUUAGCAAAUCACAGUGUUAAAGAAACCCGUUGGAGAAACUUCUUCAAAACACUGAAUAACACGCCUAGUUUAAAUCUGAAUAUCAGUUUUAUGUUCAUGCAUCAGAGCAAAGCCAGCACAUCUUUUGUCCAGUGUGUUUCUCGACUGCCUGGCCUUGUGACAAUAGGAAUGCUGGGGUGGCUACUUGAUGCAGAGGACCUUAAAAUGUUUGAUAUCAUGAAAGAGCAGCAUCCGCAGUCCAGGAGUUUAAAAUUAUCCUGGGAAUGGCUCUUGCCACUUUCACCAAGUAUUCAAGACUAGUUUGAAAGCGUUUGUUUUUUUCCCUGUGUUAUGAGUUAUACACCUGCACUGCAAAUAAACACGUACUGUAAAAUUUUAA